AACGUAAAUAAACCGUAUCGUGUCUACUAUGCUUUCUAAUUUUGUGAACUAACAUGGUAUUCGCAUCUAUUGUAGAGUACGUCACGUGACCUCCAUAGAGGGCCUGCUGAGUGUUUUCAGUACAGGGAGAGAGAGGAAGAAAAAUGGCGACUGUAGGCGACCCGGAGCGGGACGCCGGCCAUUCGGUUUGAGCAUUUUCCCGUUAAUUUAGACCGGGGAUUUACGGGACUCCUGCAGACUAAUCAAAGCAAGUUAGACGUUUGAAAGCUACCUGUUUUGUCUCCAUUGCGUGUGCUGGAAGCGUGCGAAAACUGAAAAUAGAAAUAAUACAUUAUCUAAGCUAGCUUGCUAUAAUGAGAGGGAGAAGAGGCAGGCCGCCCAAACAGGCACUGAUGGGGGAGCCAUCCCCCGCGCCAGUCCGCGGUUUGAGACCCAGGCGGGGAAUGCGUGGAAGAGGUCGAGGAACACCAGAUAUAGAAGGAAUGCCUCCAAGAAGAGGGAAUUAUCAUUCUUCGAGGGGCCGAAGAAAAUUUGGAGCUACAUCGCGGGGUAGAGGAAGAGGCAGAGGCUCGAGAGGUGGCCGCGGAGGUAGAGGGAGACGGCCAGCCAGCAAGAUUGUGUAUGAUGACCAUGAGAGUGAUGAGGAGGAUGCCGUGAGUUUAAGAUCGGACGAUGAUGAGUAUUUGCGGGGAAACCCUCUGUCGGACGACGAAAGGGCCUUUGAUGAUGGCUCCGAUUAUCAGGAGGAAAUACCAGACGAAGAUGAUGCUAGUUACUGCACGGAGAGCAGUUUUAGGAGUCAUAGUACAUACGGCAGCACUCCAGGUAGGAGGAGGCCGCGUGCUCGCCGGCCCCGAUCACCCAUCUUUGAGGAGAAGGAGAUCCCGCAGUUGGAGCUCCCUAAGUCGUCGGACGACCUGCUGAUCCCCCCCGAGCAGAUGCUGAACGUGGCCGCCGUCUACGAGGUCCUGCGCAACUUCAGCACGGUGCUGCGCCUGUCGCCGUUCCGCUUCGAGGACUUCAGCGCGGCGCUGGCGGGCCAGGAGCAGUGCACGCUGAUCGCCGAGACGCACAUCGCGCUGCUCAAGGCAAUCCUGCGCGAGGAGGACUCGUCCAACACCACGUUCGGCCCCGCCGACCUCAAGGACAGCGUCAACUCCACGCUCUACUUCAUCGACGGCAUGACGUGGCCCGAGGUGGUGCGCGCCUACUGCGAGAGCGACCCCGAGUACCAGCACGUGCUGCCUGUGCAGGAGGGCGAGGAGUACCCCUUCGAGCCGCUCGAGUCCAAGGUCAAGGUGCUCCAGUUCCUGGUGGACCAGUUCCUGACCACCAACCUGGCGCGCGAGGAGCUCAUGUCCGAGGGCGUGGUGACGUACGACGACCACUGCCGCGUGUGCCACAAGCUGGGCGACCUGCUCUGCUGCGAGACCUGCUCGGCCGUCUACCACCUGGAGUGCGUCAAGCCGCCGCUGGUGGAGGUGCCUGAGGACGAGUGGCAGUGCGAGGUGUGCGUGGCGCACCAGGUGCCUGGCGUCGGCGACAGCGUCACCGAGGCGCAGAAGAGCCGGCCCUACAUCCGCCAGGAGCCCAUCGGUUACGACCGACACCGCAGGAAGUACUGGUUCCUCAACCGCCGUGUAGUUGUCGAGGAGGACGGCGAGCACGAGAACAAGUCCAUCUGGUAUUACAGCACGCGGGUGCAGCUGGCCGAGCUGAUGGAGACCCUGGACAAGAGCUACUGGGAGAGCGAGCUGUACGCCGCGCUGGAGGAGAUGCACCCCGAGAUCCAGUCGCACAUGGACAUCACGGAGGACCUGACCAACAAGGCCCGCACCAACAACAAGGCUUACCUCACCGCUGCCAACGAGGAGAUUCUGGACCGACUCAAGGCCCGCCAGGAGGAGGAGGAGAAGCGACGGAACGCUUUGGAGGAAGAGAGGAACAAGAAGGACGAAAAACCUGAGCAGUCCCCCGAGUCACUAAAAGGCGAGAAGUCUACCUCAGGACCCACAGGCACUGAGGAGGCCACCCCAGGAGCAGAGUCGCCCUCUGCUGGUCCGGAGGCCAGUGGCAGCCCUGAGGCCCUGAAGCCCCCCGACUCGCCCUCCGCGGACCCGUCCCUCCCCUCCACCAGGGCUCCGAGUCCUGCCGCAGAGGCUCCCGACGGGCCCCCUGGCUCGGGGGAGAUGGGGGACGAGGGCCCUGACAGCUCUGCGGAGGUGCCAGAGCCAGCAGACAAGGCUGCGGAGUCCAAGCCUGCAUCUCAGCCAGGCGAGGGGGGGUCUCCGGCCAGCAGCCAGCCCCCCCACACGGCUGACGAGAACAGCAACAGCAGCCAGUUCUCCAUCUCCGGAGGCCCCAGGAGCCAGGAGGAGUGUGACGCGGCCGACAAGUCCGGCCAGGACGCCACAGCAGCAGACGGGAAGGAGAAGGCGAACGGCGAGGCGGGUGGACCAGUGAAGGGCCCCCCAACGCGCAUGGUGACGCGCCUGAGGAACCCCGAAAGCAAGCUGAGCCAGCUGAAGAGCCAGCAGGCGGCCGCGGCCGACCACGACACCAAGAAGGGCUACAAGGACGGCAAGGAGAUCCUGCUAGCGACCCCCGGCGGUGACCUCGCCCGUGUGAGCACGCGUGGCGGCAGCGCGGCGUCGGGCCGAGAGCUGGCGUCCAAGGGCGCCCUGAGCCACUUCUUCAAGCUGGGCCAGGAGGGCAAGUACCGCGUCUACCACAACCAGUACAGCGGCAACACGCUGGCCCUCAACAAGCACCAGCACCGCGAGGACCACGACAAGCGCCGCCACCUGGCGCACAAGUUCUGCAUGACGCCCGCCGGCGACUUCAAGUGGAACGGCUCGGUGCACGGCUCCAAGGCGCUGACCGUGUCCACGCUGCGGCUGACCAUCAUCCAGCUGGAGAACAACAUCCCCGCGCCCUUCCUGCACCCCAACUGGGCCUCCCACAGGUCGAACUGGUGCAAGGCCGUGCAGAUGUGCAGUAAGGCGCGGGAGUUCGCCCUGGCGCUGGCCAUCCUGGAGUGCGCCAUCAAACCGGUGGCCAUGCUGCCCAUAUGGAAGGACUCCCUGGGACACACCAGGUUACACCGCAUGACCUCCUUGGAGCGUGAGGAGAAGGAGAAGGUCAAGAAGAGGGAGAAGAAGCUGGAGGAUGAAGAGACCAUGCAGCAGGCCACCUGGGUCAAGUACACCUUCCCCAUCAAACACCAGGUUUGGAAGCAAAAGGGGGAGGAGUACAGGGUGACCGGGUACGGAGGGUGGAGCUGGAUCAGCAAGACGCACGUUCACCGUUUCGUCCCGCGUUUACCCGGCAACACCAACGUCAACUACCGGAAAGACCUGGAAGCUGCCAAGAGUGGCAGCGCCACCAGCGCAGCUUCAGACGCUGACGUGAAGAAGAGCUCGGUGGACUCGAGCGCCGCUUCAGAAACCCCCGUCCCCACCGACAGCACAGAGGAGCCCGAGAAAGACCCCGAGUCCUCCUCGGACAGGGCAAAGGGCAGCGAUGCCGAGGACAAGAUGGAGACCGACGAGGAAUCUCACAAAGGGAAGUCCGAGAGUGCCAGCCCGUCACCGCAGCCUUCCGAGGCCGACUCCCUGAAGCAGGAGGAGACCGUGGAGGAGGGCGAGGAGGUCAGCGCGACCAAGACCGCCCUCCACGAGCAGCAGCAGCAGCAGCGGCCGUUCAACUACGACGUGGUGAACGUGAGCCAGGGCUUCCUGCUGCGCACGGCCUACAAGAAGAAGGUGAAGACGUCCAAGCUGGACGGCUUCCUGGAGCGCCGCGUCAAGCAGCACCUGGUGGAGGAGCGGCAGCGGCAGGAGCGCCGGAAGCAGCAGGCCAGCCUCACCCCCAAGGCCGAGCCGCCCGCGACCUCUACCCCAACACCAGCGCAAACCCCAACCCCAGCGCCCCAGCUCCCAGCACUCCAAAUAAAGACUGAGGUGAGGCCGGCCACGAUGGAGCCGGUGGUCAAGACGGACCCAGUGAGAACGGGAGGAGUAGUAGAGGCCUCUGGUACGACUGGGAACGAGGCCACGGACGCUAGCGCCAGCAGGAAGCUGGAGACCCAAACACACAGCCAGAGGGCGCCGCAGGGUGCCCUGCCCCAAAGGACUGAUCCGUUAGCGGGGGCAGCCCCUCCAUUCCAACCAGCAAACUCCACCAGCACCGGGCAGCCUGCCACCUCCACCCCUUCGUCCACAGGGGGCACUACUGAGCAGCAGCAGCAGCAGACGCCGAAUCUGCCAGCGGCACCGGCCAGCGCGCCCAGCAGCACAAGUCAGGCGAGCCAACCCAACACCAGCGCCCUCCCGCAGCUAGCCGCACCAGAUGGACCUAAGCCCACCUCCGAGAGCACAGGGGAGAACGGCAAGAGUGUCCAGGUGGGAGGAGUGGACGAGCAUGCUGGGCAGAGAGUGCGGGAAGAGGAGUCCAUGGAGACUGACGCUCAUGUUCCCUCACCUGUGAAAGUGAACGGAAGAGACGCUGACAUGGACACCGAAUCGGUGUCCGGUGCUUUGGUGAAGGGCCAGCCGGCGGCGCUGUCGAACUGCGUGGAGGCGAAAGUGAACAGCCUGCGCCCCACAGGGGACGGGAAGCCUCCGCUGAAAGACCCUCUCAGGCCGCUUCUGAACGGGGACGCAGCCCCUGGCGUCGAGGCGGAGAGGACUCCCACCCUCACCCCCACACACGCCUCCCUUCUAGUGUCCCCUCCUCCAAGUGUGUCGGGGGAAGACUUUGAAGAUAUGCCCCCCAUAAAGAUGGCCAAGCUGAGCAACAGCUUGCAGGAAUCUGCUCCGACGCUAGCGACGUCCACGGACGUGGUCACCACACAUACCGGGAACAAAGAGCACAACAGCACGGACACUGAGCAGCGGUUGAGGUCGGAGGUCGCGACCCCAAAGACAAUCAGCCCUUCUCCGGCCCCCUCUGCGGAGGACUCCAGCCUGAGCAGCGACUUUGCCGAGGGCAACGGUGCAGGACGCCCCGCCGAGACCUUGGUCAUGACCCAAGUGACCACCACCACCACCACAUCGACCACAGUCUCCACCGAGUCUCGGACGGUGCGUCUGGCGCUGACGGCGGCGGGCGUGGUGCCGUCGUUGGCGGCGGCAGCGGCAGAGAGCAGCGCCGUCUCCAAGCUGACGACCACCACCAAAACCACGGUGACGCAAGUGCACGGCCAGACUGACAGCCUCUCUGUCAGUCAAGUAAACACCACCACCACAACCUCCUCCUCCGCCUCCUCCUCCACCACCCUCAAGGGCUCCACUAUCUCCGUGACUACCAGCAGCGAGGAGCACUCAACGCGGCAGCGCGUGCGGCUACUCAAGUUCACGCGCACCAAGAAGGCCCGCUCGGGCACCGCACUGCCCUCCUACCGCAAGUUUGUCACCAAGAGCUGCAAGAAGAGCAUCUUCGUGCUGCCCAACGACGACCUGCACAAGCUGGCGCGGCGAGGGGGCAUCCGCGAGGUGCCCAUCUUUAGCUACAACGCCAAGCCAGCGCUGGACAUCUGGCCUUACCCCUCGCCCAGGCCCACAUUUGGCAUCACCUGGAGGUACCGGCUGCAGACGGUGAAGUCCCUGGCCGGGGUCAGCCUGAUGCUGCGACUGCUGUGGGCCAGCCUGCGCUGGGACGACAUGGGCGUCAAGCCCUCCUCUCAGGCUGGCACCACCCGCACAGAAACUUCAGAGACGGAGAUAACUACCACCGAGAUCAUCAAGCGAAGAGACGUCGGUCCUUACGGCAUUCGGUCAGAAUACUGCAUCAGGAAAAUCAUCUGUCCAAUCGGCGUCCCAGAAACACCCAAAGAGACCCCGACGCCCCAGAGGAAGGGCCUCCGCUCCAGCGCCCUGCGACCCAAGAAGCCAGAGCCCACCAAGCAGACGGGACCCAUCGUCAUAGAGACAUGGGUCGCCGAGGAGGAGCUGGACCUGUGGGAGAUCCGAGCCUUCGCAGAGAGGGUGGAGAAGGAGAAGGCCCAGGCGGCGGACCAGGCAAAGAAGCGUCUGGAGCUCCAGAAGAGUGGCGCCACCGUCGGCAACACCAUCACCACCUCCGGCAGCCCCUCCACCCCCACCACCACCAAGGUCAUGGUGGGCUCCCUCACCAGCCAGGUCACCCCGGGCACCAAGGUGGUUCUGGCCACCAAGAUGGGCACUCCUGUGACAUUCCAGCAGAACAAGAACUUCCAGCAGACCUUCGCCACCUGGGUCAAGCAGGGCCAGACCGGCCAGCAACCAGCAUCAGCCGGCACAGUCACCACGGUGGCUACUACAUCUGGGCAGACGUUCCAGAUCACCGGCACGCCGGUUACCAUGGCUGGCAAAGUCAUCACUGCCAAGCUGCCGCUGCCCGCCAAUAGCAAGAUCGUCACCUUAAAUGUGCCAACCACUCAAGGAGGCGUGAUCCAGCAGAAAGUCCUGGGAAUCAUUCCAUCUAGCACCGCCGGCAACCAGCAAACCUUCACGUCAUUCCAGCCGCGGACCACCACCAUCAACAUCCAGCCCAGCACGCCAGGCUCACCAGGACAGCAGCAGCUGAUCACCACCACCACCGGGGGACAGAUCCGCUCAGGCAUGACUGUGAUCCGCACGCCCAUCCAGCAGGGCAGCACUCUGGGCAAGACCAUCCUGCGCACGCCUCUGGUCGUGCAACAAGGCCAGACACAGCAGGUGAUCAUCCACGGGCAGCCUGUCUCCACGGCCCUCUCGGGGGCCAGUCCCGUGGCCACCACCACGGGGCAGCGGGUGGCGGGCGCCUCCCCUGGGCAGCCGGUGGCCCCCCAGACCCCUCCAGGCCAGCGCGCCCAGCAGGGGCAGGUCAAGCUCACCCUGGCCCAGCUCACGCAGCUCACCCAAGGGGCUCAGCAAAAGCAGCAGGGAGCAGCAGUAGAGAGGCCGCAGGGCUCCGGGACCCAGCCUGCUCAGGGCCUGACGGUGGUGGUGCAGGGCCAGGGCCAGACCACGGGGCAGCUGCAGGUCAUCCCGCAGGGCGUGACGGUGAUCCCGCGGCCCGGUCAGCAGCUCAUGCAGGCGGCGCUGCCCAACGGCCAGGUGCAGCGCUUCCUCUUCACCCCCAUUCCUGCCACGUCGGCCGCCACCAGCACCCCCGCCACGCCAGGUACCCCUCGCCGUGCCCCCGCCCAGCCCCAUCUCCAGCCGGCCGCCCAGUCCCUCCCCCGCCCAGGCGGCCCGCGCCCAUCCAGGCGGGCGCCCCUGACGCCGCGCACCCCCCGCCCACCCACCCCCCAGGCCCAGAUCCCGCCGCACCCGCAGGCCCAGAUGCCCAUCCAGUCGCCCACGCCGCUGCAGCUCAAGGCCCUGGUGGGCCAGCCGCCCGGCACCGCCGUCCUCAAGCAGCAGCCGCCACAAGGGGGCACCGCGGGGCCACACCAACCCCCCAGCAGGUGCGGGCGCCCCCUCCAGCUGCACGCCCAGCAGCUCAUCACCGUCCCAGGGCUCCAGAUCCAGCUGCAGAUCCAGCUGCAGGCCCAGCAGGGCGGCCUGUCCGGCGGUCAGCAGAUCAAGCUGCAGCUGCCCAUCCAGCUCCAGCAGCAGCAGCAGCAGCAGCCCCUCACCACCACCACCACCACCGCCGCCGGACAGGGCGCCCAGGCGACGGGGCAGGUGCAGGGGCAGGUGGCGGCGGGCGGUCAGCAGAUCCAGAACGUGGUGACCAUCCAGACGGCCAGCGUGCAGGAGCAGCUGCGGCGCAUCCAGCAGCUGCGAGAGCAGCAGCAGCAGAAGAAGCGGCAGACGCAGGAGGCUAGACGGGAGCAGCAGCAGCAGGCCAGCAGCCAGAGCCAGAGCCAGCUCAUCCAGAAACAGGUGGUGAUGAAGCAGAACGCGGUCAUCGAGCACCUGAAGCAGAAGAAGACCAUGUCCCCGGCCGAGCGGGAGGAGAACCAGAGGAUGAUCGUGUGCAAUCAGGUGAUGAAGUACAUCCUGGACAAGAUCGACAAGGCCGAGCGACAGGCGGCCAAGAAGCGCAAGCGCGAGGAGUCGGUGGAGCAGAAGCGGAGCAAGCAGAACGCCUCGCGCCUCUCGGCCCUGCUCUACAAGCACAAGGAGCAGCUCAAGGCCGAGAUCCUCAAGAAGAGAGCCCUGCUGGACAAGGAGCUGCAGCUGGAGGUGCAGGAGGAGCUGAAGAGGGACCUGGGCAAGCUGCGGCGGGAGAAGGAACGGGCCCAGGCCGCCGCCGCCUCUCAGGCCGCCGCCGCUGCCGCGUCUGCGGUUUCCCACGCCCAGUCCGGCUUGGGCCCGGCCUCCGCCCUGACCGCCACCGGACACAAACGCAAGCGGGAGGAGGAGCGCGACGUCACCUCGGUCAAGGCCAAGAAGAAGAAGAUGAUCUCCACUACCUCAAAGGCCACCACCAAGGACUCCAAGCUGUACUGUGUCUGCAAGACGCCCUACGACGAGUCCAAGUUCUACAUCGGCUGUGACCUGUGCACAAACUGGUACCAUGGCGAAUGUGUGGGCGUCACAGAGAAGGAGGCCCUGAAGAUGGACGACUACAUCUGCGCCGAGUGUAAGCGGGCCCAGGAGGGCAGCACGGAGGAGCUCUACUGCAUCUGUCGCACGCCCUAUGACGAAGCCCAGUUCUACAUUGGCUGUGACCGCUGCCAGAACUGGUACCACGGCCGCUGCGUGGGCAUCCUGCAGAGCGAGGCCACGCACAUCGACGUGUACGUGUGCCCGCAGUGCCAGUCCACGGAGGACGCCAUGACCGUGCUCACGCCGCUCACCGACAAGGACUACGAGGGCCUGCGGCGGAUCCUGCGCUCCCUACAGGCACACAAAAUGGCGUGGCCCUUCCUGGAGCCGGUGGAUCCCAACGAUGCUCCAGAUUACUACGGCGUCAUAAAGGAGCCCAUGGACCUCUCCACAAUGGAGGAAAGGUUGCAGAAGCGCUUCUACGUCAAGCUCACGGAGUUUGUGGCGGACAUGACCAAAAUCUUCGACAACUGCCGCUACUACAACCCCAGCGACUCGCCCUUCUAUCAGUGUGCCGAGGUCCUGGAGAACUUCUUUGUGCAGAAACUCAAAGCGUUCAAAGCAAGCAGGUCUCAUAACAACAAGCUACAGUCAACAGCUUCUUAGAGUACACCAUCAAUAAGCUUUCUAAGAGAAAAUGAAAAUAUAAAAAUGAAAACAAGAAUGUGGUCUGACAAGUCAAACCCAAUGGUGAAUCCAGGUUGUCUCCAUCUACUCCCCCCCUCUCUCACUCACACACACACACACACACACACACACACACACACACACACACUUACAGCAACUAGAAGCCUUUUUUCUGUUACACACAUGCACACAGAGAUGGAAAGUUCCUCCCUCGGAAGUUCCCCGUCUGAGUUUUGGGUGGGCAGCGGUGUUGCGAGGAGAGAGGACCACGGUUCCGAUCCGUCACCGGGUGGGUGACCACGGUGGCACCUGCACGUUCCACUCCAGUGGAAAAGGGAGAUCUGUCUGUUUUUUUUUUUUUGUUUGUUUUUUUUUUCAACUGGGCCACUGCUGUUUUUGUUUCUUUUUCCCCCGUCUCUCUCUCUGUCUCUGUCCCUCCCUAUCUCUGACUGUUGCUCUGUCUCUUCCAGCAUUCCUGUUGUUUUCCACCCCCUCUGACAGCUAAAGACUCUGAUCUCCUGAAGCUGAUGAAGCUUCGCCCCCGUUGGGGCCUAAGGACCUGGCCUGUACUGUUCAUUUGUGAAGCCGCGCCGCCCAGCAGACUUUCUGACUGCUGUUUUAUUGUUGUUGUUUUUUUAGUUUUGUUUGUUUUUAUUAAACCUUUAUAGUGGCUGUACUACUUCAUCUGUACAAUCACAAACCAGACUGCAGCUCAUUUCUCCUUCGACAUCCAGCGUCAAUGUCACGGAGUAGAAAAACUUUUUUAAACGAUUAUUUUUUGGGACUUCUUCAAUGACGGUCAGCCACAGAGCGGUUUGUUUUUGAGAACGAAUCCUGAUGUUCUGUUUCCAGUGAGGCAUGUUCAUAUUGCCCAACAGUAGCCUACAGAGAACGACCGAAGACCAACAACCCCUCAUGUAUCUCAACCCUGUCCUGUUUAUUAAGAAAAGUCAACAAUGACCAUUUUUAGUUUUUAUUUUUCUUUCUUUGUUUUGCCGCUAAAAACGGACAUGUUGAAAUAGCAGGAGUCG